AUGUCCAAUACGAGAGAAAUAAGAAAUCGAAGGUCACAACGUACUAAUUUACAAUCGCAAACGAUAACAACUGACGCUGCAACUGCAUCAAUUGCUUCAGCAUCAACCUCGACAUCACCAACAACUUACUUGAUUGAGGUUCCAACGAUAGAUGAACCAACAGAAACUGAUGAGAUUGCCACAAAACUCCAAAGGAUUGAAACUAAAUACAAUACUUACAUCCGGGAAAAUGUUUGCAUGCCAAUUCGAGAAUUAAUACAAUCUUCGAAAGAGACGCGUGCUAAAGGUGUACCAAGGCCGAUGAACAAAUUCUUUUUAUUUCGUAAAAAUUACUCUACUCGAGAAAAACAACAAAAACAACAAUUGAGUUCUGCCAGUAUAAUAGAUAUUUCUGUUACACGUGUUUCUAAAGGUUCCAAAAAUGCCUGGGAAAAAAUGAAGCAAGACAAUGACGAGAUUGCGAUUUCAUUUUGGAUUGAAUUGGCACAAUUAGCUAAAAUGUCACACACAGCGAAUAACUGUGGCUAUAAAUAUAAGCCAAAUAAAAGUAUAAAUUCGUCAAAAAGUAACGCGGAAGGUAAAAAGCGAGAAAGAUCAGAUGACGAGCAAGAAAUAUCGCAAGUUGAUAUCACUUCGGGAUACAAUUCACAAGAGGAACUAUUAUUGGUUAGUCCAACAAAGGAAAUUAAUUAUAUUCAAAACAUUAUGAAAGCCAAAGGAUUGAAUUUUUUAGGGUCUAACCAAAGUCAAACAAACGCUCAAACUAGAGAAUUAAAACGUCGAAAGAAAACCGACCUUGGCUCUUAUUCCACGCAAAAAUCACCAAAUAAAUCACAAAUACCGCAAAAUAACCAAAGUGAAAGCAGCAAUAGUAAUUCAAAUUACCAAUUAAAAGAUUUAGAUGAGGAAUAUAUUAGAGUUGAAUCCAGUGAUUCACCGGUUAAUUACUCCAAUUUAUCAGAAAUGAAUUACUUAGCACGCCGUCAUAAUAUUCAACAGUACAACAAUAGUAUGGAAACUAAAAGAGUUAGUGGCAUUACUUCUGCAAUAGAAUCGACAUCUACGCCCGCCGAUAAUGAGGUCAUUUAUAAUAUACCAUUACAACAAUAUGCUGCAACUGCAGCGGCUUUUGUAUAUCCAGUCAAUUCUCAACAAAUUUCUCAUUUUCAAUCAACUAAUCUAUCAACAGCAGCUUCACAAGCUGCAAUCGAUCCGAGGCUGUUAUUUCUAACUUCACAGCCAUUAUCUCCACGAGUUAUAUAUACUCCUAAUUUUCAAACUCAUUUGUUUGCACCUCUUACGUUGGCCCAACACUCAAGUAUACUACCAGCUACAAUACAAAAUGUCACUACAGCAGAGGUAACUCCCGUUACAAAUUCUGAGCAGCAGCAACAAUUACUGCAAGUUCAAGCGCUCACAGGCCAACCACAAUUAUAUGUUGUACAAGGACAAACAAAUUCAGUUGAGAAUGUCUCGACUGCUAGUCAAUCACCACAACAAUCAAGAAGAGUAAAAUCUAUAAAUUUAACAAUUGAUUCUUCACGAGCUCAAUCUUUAAUUGACAAUCAGCAACUUAACGAAAGUUCACAGUCACUAAAUAUACAAGAAACCGAUAUUCCCAAGCUGAUCCUCAAUGACGACAACAGCAUUUAA